GCUUAGCACAACCGAGUCGCUGGCGCGACUGGGCAUCCGAGGUCGUUGGGAUCUCCGAGGACGCAACGAUUACUGGCAGAGGCGCUGCUUCCUUUGAUGAGCUGGUGGCCUUCUUGAAGGAUCUCCGCCGGCCAAUGCAGCCAGCCGACGAGGCGGCGGUGCAGCAGAAGCAGGCCGAGCUGGAGGAAGUGGCGCCGGCGCUUCAGCGCUUCUUGAUCGGCGGGGAGAUCCGAGACCGGCUCGCGCUGCUUCGAGCCGUUGCGGACCUCGGGACGGUGCCCGGCAAGCCGUACUCCUUCGCUCUGUACCUCUUGGUUUUUCUGGAGGAGUACUUGAAGGAUAUCGAGACGCUCCGUGACGGCGAAACCAUCUCGGACCGUGCAGCAGAACUUCGCGAGGUUUUUCUUUGCUUCCACCGUGCUGGGCUGGCUCCAGAUCGGCUUCGACUGAUUUACAGCCACAUUGAGCAGGACUUCCCCCGCUUUGAGGCUGCUGGCGCCCUGUUGCCAAUGCCGUCUGCCGUCAGCCUUUGCCAUACGAUGCUUGCGACAGGUCUUAGCUCUAGUGGCGCUACGACAGUCCUCUUGCGCUCCUCGCUGCGUGAGCCUUUGAUCCACGUAGCCGACGACUCGCAGGAGCUGCGCAUGCUGAAAACCAUCGAGAUGCUAAUUCGACUCGACUUCCUCUACACGCAGGAGCGGCUGCCCCCAGAGGUCACCGAGUACCUCUCCGUCGUUCGAAAUCUCCGCUACUACGACCGUGAGCUCCGCCGCGAUACUCCCCUGUCCUACCAGAUGGCGUUCUUCUUGCGGAAGCAUGGCUUCCCGGCCAAGCGUAAGAUGCUGGGGCCGUAUCCUCUGAAGGUCUGUGACCCUGAGGAGCGGGUCAACUUCGAGCCUGUGGAGGAUCGGACCUGGCGCUUUGGGCUCAUCGAGACGGCGAGAGCACGGAAGAAGCGCCACCUGGAGGCCGUUGGUUGGCGGAGCAUUGAGGUUCAGGCGAGCGAAUGGAAAGAGCUGCCGCACUACCAUGCCAAGGCAGCCUUCAUCCGCCAGCUCUUGAAGGACAACGAGCUGUUGACCCUUUGA